GGAAGAAGAUAAUCGAUGUUUUUGCUGACUUUUUCAAGUACCUACUCCACACUUGACGGAGGGUUCGAAGAAUGCGGUAACCUAUCGUCAACGCUGUUGUGGAACAGCGAAAAUCGGCGCACAAAGGAAUCUCACACGUCGUUCUAAUGGGAGGAUUUUCCGCAAGUGAUUGGCUGUUCGACAAAGUUCACGAGGCUCUCAAACCUAUGGGAUUAAAUGUUAUACGCCCUGCGAACCACGUCACACGUGCAGUCUCAAACGGCGCUAUUUCGUUCUAUCUGGACCACUUUGUCAAAAGCCGUGUAUCGAAAGUGACAUAUGGGUACUUCUGUCACAUCCCUUACGACCCGAGUGAUCAGGAUCAUGUGGACCGUGUCGGGGAUCCCUUCGUUAGCAUUGCUGGCGAAAAGAGGCUCAGUCACUCGUUCGAUAUCAUUUUGCCCAAAAACACUCAAGUAACGGAAAGCAAAGAAUUCCGGAGGUCCUAUUUCAAAGAUUCCACUUCACCGACAGAGGGCUUCAAAGAUUUCAGUUGCCCAAUUAAUUGCUAUCGUCACGGUGGCACCAAUCCUACUUCAAAAUGGAAGAACGUUGACUCAGACAAUUAUACGCAAAUUUGUAGUAUCAAAGCGGAUUUAUCACACAUCGUAAUACCCCAAUCGAAAGUGGAUGGGAAAUACUACCAUAUUGACUUUGAUAUCAUCUUGCUAUUCGGAUUAACGGAACUGAAAGCCCAAGUAGCGUGGCUAGAGAAGGUCCGGCGCAUCGCACCAUUAUCGACGCAAUGUCCGUUGUUCAGGGUGUUGAGAAACGGACCGCCGCAGAAAUAUUCUAUGACCCAGACAUUACACAAGAUUGAUCAGGCCCCCUAUCGCGAUCUCCCCCUCCUCCAGUCUCUCUCUCACUCCCACCCCUGGUCCGCCGACCGCUUCGCCCUCUGUCGCCCCUGUUCUCAGACUGUCCUGGAGUCUGACAGCGAGGAGAGCCCAAAGAAGCAGUAUCAAGAGAAACAGAUUGUUGCUAAUGUUUUGGUGCAUAACCACGUUAAGAACCGGCCAAGCUGGCCUCUUCGAGAAUGUAAGCUCUCCUUUGAGCACCCAGCCUUCCCCCUGGCCCAAACUCGGGACGCUUAUCACGGUGGAGGCGGACUAUGGAUGGGGUGCAGUCGCUUGGUCAACUGGGUCCUCAUCGGGUGUGGUACAAAGGCCUCCUGCACGUCAAAAUGUCGACUUGGCGAAGCUUCAGUUUACUCGAUAAUAUUGACGGCGCUCGCUGACCUCGCCGACGAUGGACGACGGCGACUCUUCGCUUCUGGACAAAGCGGCCUGGUUGCUUGUUUACUGUUCGUCUCCACCCCGGCAGACGCCAAGUGUGCGGAGAGCGGUAGUAUUGGAAAGUGA